AUGAGAUUAUCUGAGAUUUUAGCAGCAUCGCUAGUUUUGCUCGAAGGCCACCAAGCGUCAGGCUCCUCAGCACAGAAACCUUUUGAAAGAAGUAGAGAUUUCACCAGACCACAUGCGGUUCGAGUUAACACUCAGAACAUUGGCAAACGAGAAACCGCACCAGCAUUCGAGUCCUUGCAAGAUGAAUGGUCGGCAGGUGUUGUCGGUGUACAGGCCCUACGGUUUGAGAAGUCAACAGCAGUAGCAGAAAUUUGCAAGAAAGACGUGCACAAUAUCGAGAGUGCGGCUCAGUUGUACCAAUUGCAGCAAAGCUGUAGAUCUAUUGCUGGUACCUUACAAAUCUCCGAGUUCCUGGACCCGGUUAUAGAUCUGGGAGGCCUUCAAAAUAUUAAUGGUGAUCUUAUCAUCGAGAAUCUUCCAGAGGUUGUGCGCAUCCAAGGGCACAAUCUUGUUAGCGUUGGAGGAACAUUCAAGAUUGACAGUUUGACGUCUUUGACAAGCGUGUAUUUGCCGACCUUGCAUCACUUUGAUGUAAUGGAGUGGAAAGUGGUCCCCACAUUGACCUCAUUGAGCUUGGCUCCUAACAUAAGCCACGCGAAGCGCGUUACUAUAUCAGACACUUCUUUGAUAGGUAUCGAUGUUCUCGAAAACAUUGAGGACUUAGAGAUUUUGAACAUCAACAACAACAGGUAUAUGGAAUAUGUCAAGAGUAAUGUUAAGCAAGUUCACGAGCAGCUCAGUAUUUCAUCUAACGCAAGGGAACUUCAAGUUGAAAUGCCUGCAUUAUUAUGGGCCAAUAAUUUGACAGUCAGGGACGUUGCUUCCAUCAGUUUUCCUCGCUUACAACAUGUCAAUAAAUCGUUGGAGAUUAUUGAAAACUACUUUGAAUCGUUUGAAGCUCCUUUACUAAAGACGGUCGGUGGUACUCUCGGUGUGAUUCAAAACUCACGGUUGGCCCGUGUUGACUUUUCUAAUGUGACAACAAUCCAAGGUGGACUGAUGAUUGCAAAUAAUUCCAACAUUGACAAAAUUGACUUCUUACCAGAAUUACGCGAGAUCGGAGGUGCCAUUCAAUUUAUUGGAACCUUUCACGACACAGAAUUUCCCAAACUGAGGUUGGUCAGAGGAAGUGCUUUGGUGAGAAGUACCUCUAGUACUUUGGAUUGCAGCAAAUGGAUUACUCCGGCGAGCGGAAACUCUAUUAUUCGUGGGGGCAGGAUUAUGUGUACCACGGGUCAGUCUAGAAAUACCGCUCGGGUGAGUGAAGAUGGAAAAUUGUUGGACCAUCAGGAGACACAAUUUGAGAUCAAACCAGAAACUUCUGAAAAGACCAAUGUUGCAUCGUCGGUUGUGAACAAGUCCGGGAUAGUUAAUAUUGGCUUUGCGCUUGUUUUUGGAUGGGCUGCAAUCUCGAUCUGCUCUGCAAUCACUCGCUGA